UUGUUUAGUUUAUUUUUAUUUUUAAAAUGGCUGUCGUACUGAUAAUCGCACGGCUGUGAUCCAUCUCUCCCGUUGUCAUCACUCAGCAGCACCGUCAUCUUCUGCCUUUGUUCUCCUGUGUAGGCCAAAACCCCAUUACACUCCUCAUUACAGAUUUCAUAAGGAAAAAAGAAAACUAAACCAUCAUCAUUUAUGGCCAUGAAUCAAGCGGCGGUGGUGAAGGUGGUUCUGGGGUUCAUGGGUCUCUGCUUGGCUGGUUACAUACUGGGACCCCCUCUUUACUGGCACUUCAAGGAGGGUUUAGCUGCCGUCAGCCACUCUUCCUCCACUUGCUCUCCUUGUGUUUGUGAUUGUUCUUCUCAGCCUCUUCUCUCCAUCCCUCAAGGACUGAGCAAUGCUUCCUUUGCAGAUUGUGCAAAGCGUGAUCCAGAGGUGAGUGAAGAUACAGAAAAGAACUUUGCAGAGCUACUGACUGAAGAACUGAAGCUGCGGGAGGCUGAAGCUUUAGAGAAUCAGCAGCGUGCUGACAUGGCUCUGCUUGAGGCUAAGAAGAUGACAUCCCAGUAUCAAAAGGAAGCAGACAAAUGCAAUUCAGGGAUGGAAACCUGUGAAGAAGCUAGGGAGAAAGCUGAAGCUGCAUUAGCAGAGCAAAAGAAAUUGACAGCAAUGUGGGAGUCAAGAGCUCGUCAGAGAGGAUGGAAAGAAGGGAUUACCAGGUCGCGUACCCAGUCUCAGGGAAAUGUCGAGUCCAUGUAGUAUACUCAUGGCUUCAGACAAAAAGUUAUUAUGGAUACCUAUGGUUCUCUGCAACGCAAAGUUAUAAUGCAAAUUCACAGUUCUCAUAGCGAAGUUGGCAUCUUAUAAAUCAGAUUUGCCUCUCAAUUUAGCAUUCAAGCAUAGACAACUUUGCUGUUAGGGUGCCUUUUGAAGCAAAUGUGUUAAAAGGCCAAAUUUUCUGUGUUUUGCUACAAAUUUUAAGUGAUGUUCGUCAUGUAAAACUCUGAGAGUAGAAAGUGAUUUAUUUUAGUCAGAGAACAGACGAGAUAUGUUGGCGAGCCAAGAAUACCCUUCAGAACAGACGAGUAUUGCAAAGAACAAGAAAAAAACAUAUAUAUUUAUAUUAAAAAUAAAAAUGAAUUGCUUGUUAUAAUUA